AUGAACUCCUAUCCAGCCGACCCGUACUCGCAGCCGCAGUCCUCGCAGGUGGUCCUGUAUGGCGUGGUGUCGGCGGCGCCGGACUCCGCGCUGGCCAUGUCGGCCGCGGCGCGACACCCCCUGUCGCACCUGCUCCCGGCUGGCAGCAUCCCGGACCUGGCCAGCGACCGGGAAUUCGCCGCCAGCCUGGCCCCGGCCGAUGACGAGGCGUACGCCAUUCGGUCGAAGUCCUCGGCCAGCGUCGGUCUGUCCGGGCUCUUCCUCUAUCUGACGGCCAUGUGUGGCCCGCCGAUGCCGGUGUAUGAGCAUGUGGUCACUUGCACAUCGGCCGUGGAGAAGGCGGUGCCCCGGCUGACGCGGCAAUUCCAGCAGCCCCCGGCGCCGGAGGGGUCGGGCUCAGACCCGCGGACCCGGUGGCCCGCCCUGCCGGCGGGGCCGGGCAUGUAUGACACGGCGGUGCUGCGCCUGCGCGCGGCCAUCGCCCCGCCACAGGGGUUCUUCCAGGCCCCGGUGGGCGACAGCUCGGGGCCCGGUCGGUCGCCCGAAACCGCGGAACUCGACGAGGGGCCCCCCUUCGCGGAGGAUGUUCAGCCGGAGUCGCCGUUUGCCCAGGCCGGGCCGGGCCCCGGGUCGCGCCCGGCCCCGCCGUCGCCGCCGGCAGUGCACAACCCCUUCGGCCUGCCACGGGAGGACAUGACCCCGGCCGAUGCCGCGGCCAAUGAGCUGGCCUGCCUCAGGGAGGUGGCCCGGGCGGCGGCGGCCGCUCGCGGCUCGAACUCCUGCACGCGGGAUUACACGUAUGCUUUUGGCUUUGGCCGGGCCGGGCCCGGGGGGCUGGUCUACCGGCGGCCGAUGGACACCCCGGCCAGCCGGGCUCUUCAGCGGCGGAACCUCAUUCGGCUUUUUGCGCUGGAGCGCAUGCCGCACCGGGCGGCCGCGGCCCGGGCGCUGGAGGCCCGUGCCCGGGCUCUUGGCGCCCCGGCCCCCGGGCUGUCGCUGCUCCCGCGCCAGUAUGACAUCUGGUAUUUCGGGAAUCUGGACCCGGUUCUGUCGGCGGCUCGGCGAAACAAGCUCCACCCCAGUGGCUAUGACUCGGGGCUCGGGGAGCGUGCCGAUGUUCGGCCCUGCUCGCGGAUAUCCGUCGCCGCGGGGAGUUGCGCCUGGUCCACGGUCGAAGCGCUGGGGUAUAUCCCCACCUAUGAGUAUGUCCGCCGCGGUGUGCGCUUCGUCAACCACUCCACCGUCAUCACCAUCUCCCAGACGUUCGAGCUCGAGCGCCAGCACGACAUCACCUCGCAGCAGAUCAUCGCCCCGCCCAACGGGCUGCCCCUGCCCGGAACCGACCAGAGCUCGCCGCCGGAGCACCUGUACGUCAACAUCACCAUGUCCGACAGGAACUCGAUGAAUCAGCGGUGA